AUGAUGGAGCCAGAACGCACAGAUAACAUCACGGAGGAGAAGCCGUUGCUAUCGGGCGACUGCGUGGGGAUAACGAUCAAUGACGACAACAAUGACAAGAUUGUGUUAAAGGUCAAGACACUCAGUGAAAAGCCACUGCGCGUGGAGAUCUUCCCCUCGGCCACCGUGGGGGAACUUAAGGAGAUCGUGAAGAAGAAAGCCAAUGCUGAAGGCAAGUUCCUGCGUUUGAUCCACCAAGGCAAGAUGCUGUCGGACGACAAGGCCACACUCGAAAGCUGUAAGGUCAAAACCGAGGACUUUGUCCACUGCGCUAUUAGCUCAGCACCCCCGAAGGCUGUGGUCAACCAGAUGGCAGCUACGGAUAGCGAACCGGAGGAACGAGAUGAUCCAUCCACGCGGAGAGGUUUUGAUAGACUCCGCGACCGACUUAGCAGGGAGGAAAUUCAGGCUUUACGUCUAUAUUUCUACCCGCAGCUCUCGGUGUAUAUUAGUCAGGCGGAACGUGUUCCCGGUGAAAGCAGCGAGGAUCGGAUAUACCGAUUGGAAGAGGAGUGGAUGGCGUCACAAGGACCACAGUCUGAGUUUGCCCUCAAUGUUGUGCCGACUGCGCGUAUUGCGAUGGAUGCGCAGAUCGACAUGAAUGGCAUGAACAACUCGAUUCUGGCAGCGGAUAAUGAAGGCACUGGCACCGAAUUUCUAUGGGGGUUCUUGAUGGGCCUCUUGCUUGGUGUAUUUAUGCUUCUGAUGCUUCUCGACCGCUCCGUUCCCCGCAAGCAAAAAGUUGGCCUGCUGCUCGGCGUGAGCAUGAACUUCUUCUUGAGUGUUGUGCCACGUGCUGUCUCCGACCAAUAG